GCUUCCGCUUGACAGGUAAAGCCCCUGACGUCUCCAACCCCGGAGGAGCUUUUUCAUGAAAAUACAAAAUAAAGACGUAGGCCUGUCUGUUAUCCUCCAAGAAAUAGCCUAUAUCUUGACAAAUAUACUGCAACAGUAUGUGUGGUUUCGAUAAGGAGAAGGGUCCGGGGUGGCUGAUGAAGAAGGGGUUUACUCUGAUCCUAGUGGGCCACAUCAACUUCAUCCUGGGAGCCAUCGUCCACGGCAGCAUCUUGCGUCACAUCUCCAAACCCAACGACCAGAUCACCACCGAGUUCACCGCAGCCAACAUCAUCUCUGUCACUUCUGGACUGCUGAGCAUUGCAACAGGAAUCAUUGCCAUAUUGGUGUCAAGAAAUCUGCCAGUUUGGAAACUUCACAUAGGUCUCCUGAUUAGUUCCUUCCUGAAUGCCCUACUCUCUGCGGCCUGCGGCGUCGGGCUCCUAUUGGCUAUUAGCCUCACAAUUACCAAUGAGGGGCGGGGCCUCAUGAUGGGCUGCAACUUCACUGACCAGCCAAUCAACGCCCGCUCGCCAGUCAACGCAGACUGCCCCUUCGACACCACACGGAUAUAUGACACAACCCUGUCUCUGUGGUUUCCAUGUGUUCUGCUGGCAGGACUGGAAACAGGACUGUCCAUCUGGUGCUUCGUAGUGGGACUGGUACUGAGGGGUUUAGGACCCUGCUCACAGGCAUACCUCAAAGAACAGCUGGAGGAAGAGGCUCUGACCAAUAGGGCAGCAGAAGAUCCAGAGUACUCACCCCAAGGCCAAAGCCUGAUUGGAUAGAGGACUGCCACAGUCAGGGAGGUGGUGCCAUGGUGCCUAGUGCUACUUGUUUAGUAAAUCCUAAAAAACAUGAGUUCAUGGGUUAUGACUGCGCAAUUACUGUAUAACCAUGUCAUUUUAAGUAAAUACCUGGUCAUUUCUGUACUGUAAACUGAAACGCUACACAUCUAAUACAUUUUUUUCAGAUCUACGAAAGUAACUAAUACCUCCUCUCUCAUGCUCUCUUCCCAACAUUGUUUAAUGACGAAAGUGAUGACUGAACCUCGUCCUCUUCAGAGAACCUCCCUGAUGCCUAUACCUCCACUCAUACCAAAGACUCUCCUCUCCCUCUCAGUGAGCGGCUAGACUGUAAGAUGACCAUGUCUCUGUUAGAGGUCGACCGAUUUAUGAUUUUUCAACCCCGAUACUGAUACCGAUUAUUGGAGGACCAAAAAAAAACCCGAUGCCGAUUAAUCGACCGAUAUAUAUAUAUUUUUUGUUGUUGUAAUAAUGA